AUGAACUACCUUCGCCGGCGCCUGUCAGACAGCAGCUUCGUAGCCAACCUCCCCAACGGCUACAUGAUGGAUCUGCAGCGGCCGACCCCUCCCGGUUCAUCCACUUCCUCUCCUGCUUCUCCAGCUACAGAGAGGCGGCAGCCCCCAAGUGCUCCCAACCAGACCCCGGCCCAGGGUCCUGCCUCGGCUUCAGGCUCAGGGAGCUUCCUCAGCUCCUUCUCUAGCGUAGUGAAGAGCGCUCAGAUGGCCCAGAAUGUGGCUGCUGCCGCUCACGCCAAGUCUGCUGCAACUGCCGCUGAAGGAGCCUCGACAGGGGGUGGUCAGCCCCCCAAGCCUGUCAUCCGCAAGCCCAAAAUCCUGUUGGUCAUUGAUGAUCAGCACACAGACUGGGCAAAGUAUUUCCGAGGGAAGAAACUGAAUGGAGAGUACGAGAUCCGAGUGGAGCAGGCGGAGUUCUCAGAGAUUAACCUGGCUGCCUAUGUCAACUCAGGGUGUAUGGUGGACAUGCAGGUCACCAAAGGUGGCACUAAAGUAGUCAGGUCCUUCAAGCCCGAUUUUGUCCUGAUUCGCCAACAUGCCUACAGCAUGAUCCCCGGGGAGGACUUCAGGAACCUUGUGAUCGGCCUCCAUUUCGGAGGCGUCCCAAGCAUCAACUCCCUCUUCUCCAUCUACAACUUCUGCAGCAAACCUUGGGUGUUUUCUCAGAUGAUUAAGCUCUACCACUCCCUCGGUCCUGAGAAAUUCCCCCUGAAUGAACAAACCUUCUACCCCAACCACACGCAGAUGGCACAAAGUCCAACAUACCCUGUGGUGGUCAAGAUGGGUCACGCCCACGCUGGCAUGGGAAAGAUCAAAGUUGAGAACCAGCAGGACUUCCAGGACAUUACCAGUGUGGUGGCCCUGGCGGGGACCUACGCCACCACCGAGCCAUACGUGCAGUCCAAGUACGAUAUCCGCAUCCAGAAGAUCGGAAACAACUACAAGGCUUACAUGAGAACAUCCAUCUCUGGAAACUGGAAGGCUAACACAGGCUCUGCCAUGUUGGAACAGAUUGCGAUGACUGACAGAUAUCGGCUGUGGGUGGACUCCUGCGCUGAGAUGUUUGGUGGCCUUGACGUCUGUGCUGUGAAGGCUGUCCAUGGAAAAGACGGCAAUGACUAUAUCAUUGAGGUGAUGGACAGCUCCAUGCCUCUGAUUGGUGAGCAUGUGGAGGAAGACAAACAGCUCAUCACAGAGCUGGUUAUGAACAAGAUGGCUCUUGCGCUGCUCGGAGUUUCCACACCCCAGCCGUCCUCUGUCAAGACCACACAGCCCAGACGAGGGGGACAUCGCUCUGCUUCCGCCUCUCCGUCCCAGUCAGCCCAGGGCUCCCCUCAGCGAGCCCGCUCAGCCACCACCUCGCCCAGUCAGGCCUUCCAGCCUGGGCCCAUCCCUGCUCCCUCUGGCCAUGGACCUCAGAAACAGUCACCACAGCUCAACAAAUCCCAGUCAUUGACCAACACCUUCACAGAAACAUUAAGAGGAACCCUGACUGACGACGAGGCUAAAGCUGAGACCAUCCGCAGCCUCCGACAGUCCUUCGCCAGCCUCUUCACUGACUAAAAGCCUCUCCAGGCGCUUCCUGUUUCUGUUAGUCGUCAGGUUUGAGAAAAAAAACCUGUUUUGGAGUCUUCUUCCUUCUCAGCACCUCAGCUGUUUUUUUCUCUUUCCUUCUUCUUGUGUGUGAAGUUUUACUACCUGGCGCAGCCUGUUGUCACCAGAUCAAUGAGUUUAUCACUAAAGAGGCCAACAGAUUUUAGGGAGCCAGUGAUGGAGGACGGAGGAAGCAGAAUAAUCCCAUUCAGAUUACUUUUACCAACCCCAUUAAUCUUUUCUUCCUUUCUGUGUUGUUGACACAUGAUCACAUGAAGAAAUUGGAUGUAUUUUGUGCUUUAUUUUCAGUUUUAUGACUUAAAAGUAAUUUGUGCAAUGUAAUGGCACCUUAUACUGACUUAAUGCUAUCAUUUGGUGAAAACCUGCCUUUGAUGUGGACAGCAUCACUGGAAACAUAUUGUACUUCCCUCUAAAAUUUUGGCCUUUUUAUUGAUGAAUAUGCCCAGUAAAUACUGAUCAUUUAGAUUGUAUGACUUGGUAUAUAGUCAGUACUCUGCAUUUCUAUGUCCAGCCAGUGAAAAUGUGCAAUUUUGUGCCAUACUUGAUUUGUUUAAAUAUUGAUUUAUUUAUGAAAAUCAAAUUUAAUUUAGUUAUGUGUAGGUGUCUACAGCAAUCUUCUUACUGAAACGUUUCAAGAUAAUUCAUUCACAAAUAUACCGAAUCCUCAUGGUUCACCAGCGAUUUCAAGCAUUUUGCCAGCCACAUUUCUUAUCAUCUGUGUGCUGUAGACACAUAUUGGCUUAUGUAGUGAGUCCUCUACCUUGGCCUAUCAUUACCAAAGUGCUUUUUACUAAAAAUAAAAAAAAAAAACUAUCCCCCCUGUACCGGGUCAGUGAAUACAGCUAACCAACUAAGCUUGUGGUUUCACAAGGUGCAAAUGCUGUUCUGGCUUACAGCCAUCGUCUUCCAUCACGGCUCUGAUCUUCCCCUCUAAUCGUACUUUUUCUGGAUGUGUUCUGCUCUGCGAUUAGCACUACAGAAUAUUCUGGGGGGAUUUGUAUCAUAACUACAUGUACUGUGUAAGGCGACAUCUUAAGGACUGAACACUUUGAGACUUAAUCUUUCCAUCAAGAAAGAAAAAGGUUGCAGCUUAUGUUUAUUCUUUACCAACAAACCAAUGUCAGCUGAGAUUGCAGUGAGAGUGUUUAUCUUAACUUUCAUUUUUUGGCCAAAUUGUGUGUAUGCAACAUCUUCAGUGGUAGCAACCAAAGCAGACUUUAGAUGUCUAUUCUGCUUUGAUACUGCAUGCAAAUGUUAAGUGAACAUUGUACAUAAAUUCAAACCAGUGAAACAGAAAACCAUCACAUGCUCUGUAUUCCUGCGCAGCAGCUCGAGAACAUACCUAGACAUGAAACACGAGGAGCAUGGCUGUCUCUUCAGUUUUACAUGCAGAGCAUUCAUGUAACCUACAACUUGCUCUUUUCACAGGAAAUCAAUCAGUCUGGUGGAUGACUACAUUAUCGUCUGCGACAGACAACAUCUAGAUCAGGUUUUUCAAUCAGAAUGCCCUAAACUGAAAUGUAAGUCUAUCGUUACAAGAAACAAUAAGUGUCAACACAGUUUAUGGUUAAAUGGAUCAGAACUGGAGUUAAAAUAAGUUCAGAACAUAAAUAGUUUGCUGAUCAAAUCAAAUUGUUUAAAAAGUAUGAUGUGUACAUAUCUCAGCCAGUGGAAUCUCUCUCACUCCAUAAAACCAGUUGAAGGUUGUGCUGCAGAGAUUUCUUGUAAACAAACAAAUGUUGUUUAUAUUCAGUGUUUCUUACAAAUACAUAAUAUUUUACAAAGAAUCUGAGCAGUAUGCUUGAAAUGGACCUGUCUUAACUGAAAAACAUGAGGCAAAAAUAAUUUAUUGCUAAUAAUAAUCAUCCUCAUUGUCCAUUUUAAAGUUGAAAAUACUCAAAAUGCAUGAAACAUUUAAGUGGUGUAUGUAUGAGAGUGUAGUACAUUUUUCCAUUUUAAUUCAUACUAAAAGAAAAAAGGACUGCCCACAUUUGCAA